AGGCGUAAGGGGUGCGGAAAGGUCCCAGAAUUGCGCAUGCGCAGGACUCAGCGGACAAACGGCCCUGGUGAAUCGGCCGCAGGCGGGCUGCGGCUUGGGGAUCCGUCAGUAUUGGUGUCGGCACCGCGGCGAAGGGAAAACUCCUGGUUAGGAAUGUUGAAGAAUUUGUGAAUGGGAAUCUCAAACUCGAGCACCUCAGGUUUGCUGUCUCUGUGCAGAUUUUAAAGAGUGACCAGAUAUUUCCUCUGUAACACCAAUAUAUUUAUUGUGAUCCUUGGAGAUGAAGAUCUAUCACAUUCCAGCUGGGAACGUACUUUGUGACUGAGAUGAAGAUUUCUGUUGUGACUCAGUGAAAUCCACUAGAACUGACGUGCUGAGAACACUAGGUCUUCAACUGCAUUGAUUGUACAAGGUAGUCACUACGUCAAUCAUCUGACUUAAUGAAUUGCUAUAGAAUUGACAGUAGGGAGAUAUCAUUCUCAGGAACUCACUCAGUUAUCUGACUAACUGGCUCACUGUUCACCUUUGGUAGCGGCUGUUCACCUGAGAAUGUGGGAAGGAAUCUAUUCAGUCAUCUGACCUUCUGACACACCAAUCAGUUCACACUGGGGAGAUGCCGUUUAAGUGCUCGGACUGUGGGAAGGGAUUUCCACGGUCAUGUCAACUGAAGCUACAUCAACGAGAUCACACCAGUAAGAAACCAUUCACCUUCUCAGACUGUGGGAAAGGAUUCAAUUCAGCAUCUCAGCUGAAGGAACAUGAGCGAGGUCACACUGCGGAGAGGCCGUUUACUUGCUCAGACUGUGGGAAGCGAUUCACUUGCCCAUCUCACCUGCAGAGACAUCGGUCAGUGCACACUGGGGAAAAACCAUUCACCUGCUCAGACUGUGGGAAGGGAUUCACUUCAUCAUCCAACUUAUCUAGACAUCUGAAAACUCACACUGAGGAAAAUCUGUUCAGCUGCUCAGACUGUGGGAAACGAUUCACUCAGUCAUCUGACCUUCUCAAACACCAGCCAGUUCACACUGGGAAGUGGUCGUACACCUGCUCAAAUUGUGGGAAAGGAUUCAGUGAGUUAUCUUACCUUCAAAGACACCAGUCACUUCACACUGGGAAGUGGCCAUUUACCUGUUCAAAUUGUGGGAAAGGAUUCAGUCGGUUAUGUGAUCUGAAAGGACAUACGCGAGUUCAUACUGGGGAGAGGCCGUUCACCUGCUCAGACUGUGGGAAGCAAUUCAUUUGGUCAUCUCACCUGUAUAGACACCAGCGACUUCACUCUGGAGAGAGGCCAUUCACCUGUUCCGUGUGUGGGAAAGGGUUUGCUCGGUCAUCCCACCUAAAGAGACACGAAUUAACUCACAGUAUGAAGAAACCAUUCACCUGCUCAGACUGUGGAAAGGGAUUUUCCGAAUCAUCAGACCUACUGGCACACCAGUCAGUUCACACAGGAGAGUGGUUGUUCACCUGCUCAAUUUGUGGGAAAGGAUGCACCUCAUCAUCUCAACUGAAAACACAUCAGCGAGUUCACACUGGGGAGAAGCCGUUCAUCUGCUCAGACUGUGGGAAGCGAUUCGCUCAGGUAUCCAGCCUGCAGACACACUUGCGAGUUCACACUGGUGAGAAGCCGUUCUCCUGCUCUGAAUGUGGGAAGCGAUUCAUUCAGUUAUCUGAACUGAAAAUACAUCAGCGAAUUCACACUGGGGAGAAGCCAUACACCUGCUCAGACUGUGGGAAGCGAUUCGCUAGGUCAUGUCUCCUGUACAGACACCGGCGAGUUCACUCUGGAGAGAGGCCAUUCACCUGCUCCGUGUGUGGGAAAGGGUUUGCUUGGUCAUCCCACCUAAAGAAACACCAAUCAACUCACAGUAAGAAGAAACCAUUCACCUGCUCAGACUGUGGAAAGGGAUUUUCCCUAUCAUCAGACCUACUGGCACACCAGUCAGUUCACACGGGAGAGUAGUUGUUCACCUGCUCAGAUUGUGGGAAAGGAUGCAUCUGGUCAUCUCAACUGAAAACACAUCAGCGAGUUCACACUGGGGAGAAGCCGUUCACCUGCUCAGACUGUGGGAAGGGAUUCACUCAGUUAUCCACCCUACAGGCACACCGGCGGCUUCACUCUGGGGAGAAACCAUUCACCUGCUCAGACUGUGGUAAGCAAUUCACUCAGAUAACCAGGCUGCAGACACACCUGCAAGUGCACACUGGUGAGAGGCCGUUCUCCUGCUCUGAAUGUGGGAAGUGAUUCAGUCGUACAUCCGGACUUACGAAACACUACCGAGUUCACAGAGAGGACACAAUUUUAAUAUGCCUGAUGCUGGAUAUUUAACCAUCAAAUUUGCUGAAGUCAGAGACGAAUUCAAAAGAGACUGUUGGUGUUGAACUCCAGUAAUUUUUGCUGCUGCUUAUCACAUCCAGUUCUACAUCCUGGCCUCUGGAACUGAGAGGAGUUUCUUCUGCUGAUGUUCACCUUUAAUCCUUUAAUGGGAAUGGAAAUUAAUUUUCUGGAUCCGUUAUUAAUAAAUCAUUUGUAUUUUAAA